AUGGUGAUUGGUAGAUGUUAUGAACAACAAGAACCAUUAUUUCUACAACCGUGUAAUUCAACUUUAUUUGGGAUUUACAAAGUAUCUAAAUUAGGUGCUCUUCGAGCAUUUUAUAUUGAUGAUAUUAAAGAAAAACUUGUUCGUCUUGGAUUGUUGUGUUAUUUGUUGACGCUAAUGUUAUUCAACAUGUGCCUAAAAUAUGGCUUAAAAAAGUUCAAGAUAAGAAGGCAGCUGUAUCUCAAAAAAAAACAAUUAUGUUGGUUCCCCUUUACUAAAGCCGAUUUUCCAAAUACAAAAGUGCAUUUCAAAACCGACCAAAUACAUAAAAUGAUACGUAAAUGUUAUGUUCCAAAUAAUACAGAUGGCACAUGGUUUAAAUGUGAACAGAUUGCUGGUCCUUUUGAUAGUGAAAUGCGUUCUAGAAUGAUUGCAAAAGCAUGGUCUGAUGAAAGCCAGAGCUGUGAUGCAUCAGAAGAUUCAACUAGUGAUGAUAACAAUACUGUUAAAAAUGGAAGAGGUAUUCGCCAUAAAAAGAAGCCAAAAUGUUAUUCACCACCCACAUUUAAACUAAAAGCAAUGCCAGUUAAAACUUUUACUGAUCACGAUAAACAACCAAUACUUAUAAAAACACCCAGCCCGCCCAGUACACCAUUAGCUGAUCAUAGCAAUACAAAAAAGGUUAAACAUCACGCAAAAUAUGUAAAAUCAGUUACCAUCAAUGCAAAUGAACCAAAUAUGUCAUUAACCACAUCAACCAAGAAUGAUGAUUUGGAUGAAAAAUUAUUAAAUAACAUGAUACAUGAUGAGAGUGCUUUAGAUAUAUUUUUAAAUAAGAAUGAACCCUCAAAUGAAAUCAAUGAUGUACACAAUACAGAGGAAGAGUUGCAAACAAGAAAUUAUAAUAACUAUAUACAAGGUGAAACUGUAAAAGAAAAUCUAUUAAAUAUUCCAGAAACAGAUGUUUAUCAGAAUAUUGAGAACAAUUCUAACCAAAAUAUGGAUUUUAUUUAUGCCGAUGCCAUGCAGCUUAAUGAUGAUAAUUUUGAUAUGCAUAAUAAUGAUAAUACAGUGGGAACACCAGUUAACAAUGUUUUUGAUAUAGACGAAGUCAGUAUAAAUUCAUUAAAUGAUGAUGAGAUAACUAACAAUAACAUGCAUUUAUCAGUUGAAAAAGAACAAUACUCUUGUUGUUGUGAUGCUGUAGAAAAAUUAAAAAAAAAUAAUACAAAGUAA